AGUCUCUGUAAAGAGGAGAAAUGGAUUUCAGCAGUAGCGGAGGUGCCGGAGGUGCCAGUUCGGGCGGAGGCAGCAAGAAUUACAACGUGACGACCAGUCUUCAUCACCACCACCAUCAGCAGAUACACCACAGUGGCAGCAGCAACCACAAUAUCUCGUCCGGCGUAGCGUCUCAUCUCAACUCUGCCCACCAUGCCGCGUCGCAUCAGCACCAUUCCGGCGGAGGGAAUAUCAGUCCUCCGCAGUCGCAUCAUCAGCUCGGCCAUCAACUGGCCGCCCAGGGAUCGACCGCCGCUUCCACCGCCGCCGUCACUACCGUCGUCAAAUCGGAAGAAACGGUCGCCGCAACCAACAACAAUAACAACAACAACAACAUGGCGACGUCCUCGACGACUUCCGCCUCGCAACAACAGCAACAACAAACAGCGGCCCAGCAACUGGCAACGGCCGGUUUUGGUGUCAGCGCAGCCGGUGUCAACCUCUCGGUCAAUAUCGGCGUUAACAUCACUGGAGUCACACCGGAAUCCGCAGCCGCUCCUUGGGCCACCGCCGCCGCCGCCUACACAUCCAGAUUCCCGACGUUCGCCAACCCAACGACUUUGGAACAAUUGAAGCAAAGCAUCGAGCAACAGGCGCAACAACAUCAUCAACGAAAUGGCGGAGUCAAGAAUUUUCUGGGCGGAUCGGGUCCUGGUGGCCAUCACCAUCUGUCCGGACACUCUUCAGCUACUCUCGGCUCAUCCGUGUCUUCGGGGUCCAUGGUCGGAUCGUCCGGACAUCACCACCACCACCACCAGACAUCGGGGACGCUGGUCGGGGGUCCGUCGCAUCACCAUCACUCUGUCCAUCAUCACCACCACCAUCAAAACUACCACGCCGGAGUAGCUGUCACGACCUCGACGGGCGUACAUCACCACAAUCCGGCCAGCACGGCCACGUCUCAUUUCGCUGCCGGGUUCGCAGCGGCCGCGGUGGCCGCCGCCGCCGUCGGUUCGUUGCAGCAACACGAAUCCGCCAACUCUGCUGGUCCGGAUCUCAGCAGAAUGGCCUCCAUCUCUCGACGACGAGUUCUUCCAAAAUCGCCAGUUCAUCCGCCCUGGUCGUUGCCUCGAGCAACGCUGAAAAACGCAACAAUCAAAGUAUGUCGCCGAAGGAAUAAGUCCAAGAAUAAGUCGGAGCAGUUGCAGCAACAACAACAGCAACAACAGCAGCAGCAGCAAUCGAGUCCUUCGCAUCAGUCGAGAACAUCGCCCGAUUUCGGUGAGUGA